AUGCCGGUAGAUGCGUCGCAACAGCCGGACGGCAAUGUCUGGCAGCCUGGUUUUGCGACCUACGCCGACUAUAUUGAUCGGGUUGGGUCCACGGCCGAUCCCGCCUACCAAAAUUACGGGUCUCUCCUCAAAAACCGCCUUCAAUACUUUCGGGGAGAGCACCCAGAAGUAUAUUCUGGGGACAUAAACCUGGUUCGAUUUUACAACGACGGGAAGCCGAGCCUAGUACACCGCUUCAAGGAGACAAGAUCUCCUGAUGAGUUCAGAACUCUCCUGGCAGCCUCGGACAAGAAUGCUGCGUAUCAAGUUAUUAUACUGGAACUCGGCAACGGCCGUCUACCUCCCGCCUGGGUUGUUGAUAUGAUAGGACUGGGGCUCGACAUGGAGCCGGAAGUAUGGGUGUACUUCUGGAGCCAGGAGGGCAAAUGGAACGAGGUAGGAACGGCCUGGAUGAAUCGGAGUGAUGUUAUUGAAGUGGCGGCUUUGUUCCUCGCAAAUCCCGAUGGCUCAACGCCAUAUGCACGGAUGUACCCCCCUGAAUCACCAUCCUCGCUGCAAAAGAAGAAGCCGUCGCAAGCUUCUGAAUCCAAUGGUCAGUCAUACGAAAAAAUGAAGACACGCGCAGUGCGUCGUUGGAUUCUCAAUGCCGCCAGGGACUCCGUCAAUAUCGGCCCCAAGAAUGUGCUCUUUCCAUGCCUGGAAGCUCUACUGCGCUGGCAAAUGUGCACUGCGCCGCAGGCUGUGCCGGCGUUGACAGGAUUGGCCGGACUCAAUGAGUUCGUGAAGGAGAAAUAUCAGCACCAAAGGCGGUGGGAUGGAACCCCGGAGGACUUUAACCCAGGAAUUGUGUGGCAUCGUCUCAGGUGA